CGCGGUGAGUGGAUGCGUUCAGAUGCGCGUGUGUCUUGAGGAGACCCGCUUUGCUUUCUUCCUCCAUCCGACACGCGUUUUCUGUCAGGCGAACACAACGAGGUCGGAUCAAAUGAAAUGGACCCGCAGAAAAUCUGCCGAACCGCAUCGAGCACACUGUAACGCGAGCGCGGAGACGCGCGGAAUACUGAGCCAAGAAUGGCUGCUCCGGACCUUCUUGAUCCUAAAGCAGCCGCUCACAACUCUAAACCACGUCUGUCGUUCUCGGCCAAGCCAGCGGUGCUGAACUCCUCGGAUGAUUAUGAGCCUCGUAUGAGCGUCAUGCGCUGGAAGACAGUGCUGACUGUGUUUCUGCUGGUGGUGCUCUAUCUGAUUCUCGGAGCGACAGUGUUUAAAGAGCUGGAACAGCCGAACGAGACGUCCCAGAAACUCUCCAUCCUGGCAGAAAAACUGGAAUUCCUCUUGGAGCAUCCCUGUGUCAACUCAUCAGACCUGGAGAACUUGGUCAAGCAAGUGGCAUCCGCCAUACGAGCAGGCGUGAACCCUUCAGGAAACUCGUCCAAUCAGAGCAGCUUAUGGGAUCUCAGCAACUCGUUCUUCUUCGCUGGAACCGUUAUUACAACUAUAGGUUUUGGGAAUAUUUCACCUCACACAGAAGGCGGUCGUAUCUUCUGUAUUAUCUACGCUCUGUUGGGAAUUCCUCUGUUUGGAUUUUUGCUGGCAGGAGUGGGAGAUCAGCUUGGAACCAUCUUUGGAAAAGGGAUUACUAACGUUGAAAAGAUGAUUGAUAAGUGGAACGUGAGUCAGAUGAAGAUCCGUGUGAUCUCCACGCUUCUCUUCAUUUUGUUCGGCUGUCUUCUCUUCGUCACUCUGCCAGCUGUCAUAUUCAAACACAUCGAGGGCUGGAGCCCGCUCGAGUCCAUCUAUUUUGUCGUCAUCACCUUGACAACCAUUGGCUUUGGAGAUUUUGUCGCGGGCGAGGGCGAGCGACGUUACCAAGGAGAGAACAGUGGUGGUUCUGAGAUGGAGUAUCUGGACUACUAUAAACCCGUGGUGUGGUUCUGGAUCCUGGUGGGUUUGGCGUAUUUCGCAGCUGUCCUCAGUAUGAUUGGAGACUGGUUUCGUGCCAUAUCUAAGAAAACAAAAGAGGAGGUUGGAGAGUUCCGAGCUCACGCUGCUGAAUGGACGGCCAACGUGUCCGCUGAAUUUAAAGAGACCCGUCGCCGCCUCAGCGUCGACAUCUACGACAAAUUCCAGCGCGCCGCGUCCACCAAACGCAAACUGUCCGCUGAAAUCGUCCUCAAUCUACCUGACAAUCAGCAGAUGACACCCGGGAAACGAGCGCGCUCCGUCAACCUCGGCGACGAGAGAGAGGUGGGUCCCUUCCCACUCGUACGGAACGGAAGUUUGUUCCUGAACGGCCUCAGUCCGGAUUACGCCCACCACAUGGAUAAAGCUUUAGUGAGAACAAAAUGAACUAGGAAUAUUCACUGAACGCGUGUGGAGAAGAUGUUGUAUGGGCAUGGAAAAAGAUGCGUUAUGAAAGUUAGGAUGAACAGAACGAGAGAAUGUCGCCAUAGUUGUCCAAAGACAUUCGCUUGUUUUUAACCUCGCGCCUUUCUGAAUGAUUCACCAGUUAAUAGGCGACUCAUCUGCAUCAGAUGAAGAGAUCCUAAACGCCACUUCAUGUAUCAUCAGAGAUGAAAAACAGCUCAUGUUCAUGCGUUUGUCUGAAUGAGAGCUUAGAGGAGGAUUCGUCUGCGCUCACAUUACCGUCCACCUACACUGCUCUCGUGAAGUCAGACCGCUUCAGACGAGGAUGUGUUGUUGAAUCAUCACAUCACUUCUAAAGGCAACUGAGACUUCUUAGUGAACACAGAGGGAACAAGGCACACCUGUCCCGUGUCUCUCCACCAGCUCACUUCUGGAUUAAGAAGAAGUCACAUCAGCAUUUCUUUAUGGCAAGUUUUGUUUAUCAGACUGAAGCUCGUCUCGACUGGCAGACGCAUGACGCAAUAUUCAGCAUGAGUUCUGUGGUUUAGGGAUGAGAGACAGCCCACAAGGUCCGCAUCUUCUAGCGUUCAUAACCUGGACGCAUCAUGAAGUUGCAUCGAGCAAUGUGUUUGUGCCUUACCUGAUUUGCAUAAACGCUUCAGUGAAUCAGGGCCGAAACUAUCCAGCGAAUGUGUUUUAUAUCAAUGGAGUUUCAUUUUUACAUAAGGUAGAUUACGAAGUCAUUCAGCCGGUUCAAGUGUCAAGCGUCCAGGUGAUCGCUAUGUGUGGACGUCUAGACGACGUCAAGCUGCGUGAAAUUCCCAGAGAUUAUAGUUGAUUUGGAAAACACACGCAUGGUUCUUCAGUUGUUUAAUUGGGAAUAGGUUAUCGCGGUUCAUGAAUCAUUACUGUUGCCGUUGGCAACACUGACAGACCCAUAAAAGACACUUCAGGACACAAUGAACCGGAGGUGUUUUACUAUUAUAAUUAGACACAAGCUGCGUCCGCAUUUAGAGGCUGGAUCUUUUACAGUCGAAUAUCUAACUGAAAUUAGACGUAUUUGGUUUUGGUUUUACGCUCCUAUCGCCAGGGACAGCAUCAAGAUGUUUCUGAUGACUUAAAAAAGAAAAUAAAAACAUUUUUAUUUAUAGAACAUUGGACACAAGAAUUUUCACCCAAAAAUAAAAAUUCUGUGAUUUAUUUCCACUCAUUUGAUGUAAACCUGUAUGUGACUCUUCUGUGUAACACAGAAGAAGAUAUUUUGAGAAAUGGAAGUCAACGGGGUUCAAUGUUGUUUGAUUAUCAACGUUCUUCAAAAUAUCUUCUUUUGUGUUCUGCAGAAGAAAGAAACUGGUAAGGGUUUACAACCACAUGAGGGGGUGAAAAAUAAAUAUACUGAAAUGUAUUUGAAAUACAUUUAUUUUAUGCUAAGUAUACUGCAAAUCCAUUUACAUCUUAUGUACGUAAUACACUGCGAUUGUAUUUGUGGUAUACUAAAUUGGUAAAAGUCUGCUAAAUUGGAACAACUAAUUUUGUACUUAAUAUACUUUAAUUGUGCAGAAAUAGUGCCGAAGUCCAACUAAAGAUACAUUUAAGUGCUUCAGGUACACUUUACAUAUCUUGCAUUGAAAGAUUGAUUUUAUUAAAAAAUCAUAAAAUCCUUAUCAAAAGUGACAUUAGAACACAUUUUUAUUUAAACACAGGCUUAAUAUGAAGAAAUGCGCAUUGUGUUUAAAUGGUUCUCCAAAUAACGUUUAAUUAUACUUUUAUAUCAGUAAGUCACGUCAGUAAAUAUGUUAUUUAAACUAUACUUAGCAUGAAAUAAAUGCAUUUUAAAUGAAUAGUUUUUUUACUAGGGAAAUGAUGAAAGAAUUUAAACUACCCAACAGUAAAUCAGAUUAACCGACCUUAAACAUACUGCAUACAUGAGAAAAUGCCAUAUAUCAUAUAUUAUUAAAAGACUGAUAGGGAUUCUUUGGAAUAUGUUUACUGAUCUGUUUUGGGCCAUUUCAUCGAAUGGGUAACAUUGGUCAGAUGUAACUGAAUCUAAUAACACACAUAUUUUACGAAUCAUUGUGUGUAUAUCUCAGAAAACUAUUUUUUUUACACAGUUUUUAAAUGGAAGGCAGAUGCAUUUUUGUAACAGGACUGAGUUUCAGCAUGAGAUUAACAAAUACAUGAAAAUGAACCCUAAACACAUGAAAAUAACAUGAGGUCAUUAAGCAAAUUUAGGUAUUAUGAGAUUGACCCUCUCCAUUCCUAGCUAAAAUAAAUAUACAAAAAGACAAUGAAAAAAUGAACUUUUGUUAUUCACGUGGCCUUCAGAAGACAAAGAUGAGGAAACGUUCUGCACUACAUAUGUCUUGUGCAACAUUUGAAGGUUUUCAGAGGUGAGGAUGUGUGAGGGUAACAGGGCUGAGUGAAAACCCGGGGACACGACUACAAAUUUGUAAUAUAUAUCGAAAAUAUUAGGCUAUACAUUUUUGAAGAAAAUUUUUGAAGCAUAGAUGGAAUAUGGAAUUACACAAAAAUGCAAGAACAAAAAUGAUUUUUGAGGGCUUUAACCUUUAUAUUUCAUGGUAAAAUAUAAUGUUAAGGAGUGAGAACACAUAACAAUUGCUAUUUUUUUCAGUUCUUAAAUUUGCAGUUAGGUUAAUGUGCAGGGCACUUUGCUCAAUAAUAAAAUGUAUUUUAAAGUGAAUAUUUAUGCAUUUUAAUACAUAUAAUGGCCUGGGGACAGAAGUGUCACCAAUUAGGCGGAAUGUUUAUUUACAAAUAUCCGGUCAUCCCCGGCACUCAUUAUAGAAGUGGCUGUGAUGAAUCCAUUCAUUCUAUACUUCACGGCCUGAGAAAAGAGGAAGGCAUUUUACCUUCGGAGGAGGCAUCCUCUGAAUUGUACACAUCCGCAGACUGUUAUAAUCAUAUCUUACACCUGACAACAUAAAAUGACAGUAUUUGUCAUUUUGACUAGCCAUGCCUUUACAUAAACUGACGACAUAAACGUGAUGCUACUAACACUACUAAAGGUACAUUUUCAGUAGCAUGUUUUCAGAACAAGGGGUAGUUCACCCUUAAAGAACAAUUCUGUCAUCAUGUACUCAUCAACUUUCUUUCUUCUGCAGAACACAAAAGAAGAUAUUUUGAAGAAUGUUGGUUAUCAUCGGUCCCCGUUGAUUUGCAAUGGUUUUGUGUCCACACAAUAGAAGUCAAUGGGCACCAACGGUUUUCGUUUACCAACAUCUUUUUUAAUAUCUUGUUUUUUUGGUGAAUCACUCCUUUGAUUGUGACACAACAUUACACCAAAGUCCGUUUACCGGAAGUCGUGCCACUCGGCGGCCAUGUUUGCAACGCCUCUGGUUAUUUACAUUGUAGCAAGUCAACAGUCCUAUCUCUUUGAAUGGUGAAAGGUGGAUAUUUCUAAAAACGCUGGCAGAAAUCACAAUUAAAGAGCAUUUUUCCGAUCAAUGAUUAAACCUGAUUAGGCUGGUACCAUAACUUUGGUGUGCUAAGCUUAAUUUGCGUUAAAAAUCACCUUUUUCGAUGUCACUUCAGCUACUGCGCAUGCGCACCGGCUGGCAACCGCCUCACGAGAACCUCGCCCCAGAGAGGCGUCAGUCUUUAUCGACAGACGCUUGAAUCCUUCUACUGAAAGGCGGGGCUUUCUCCGCCAGAGCGGCCAUGUUGAGCGUUGCAUUCCUCGCCAUUCAUUGUAAUGGCAGUGGCGCAUCUUUUGUUAACAUAUAUUAUCUUUGAUUACACUCAAAAAAAUCUUGGGUUCUUUUCAACCCAGCGUUGGGUCUGAAAGAGAUGAACCCAACCGUUGAGUUAUCAAUUAACCUUUGCUGGGUCGUGUCAAAUAUCAAGAUAUUCUGGGUUAAUUUAACCCAACAGUUGUGUUUGUCCCUUUUUGACCCAACCGUGGGUUGAAAAUAACCCAACAUUUGAUACUGUUUGUAUUGUACUACACAUGCAGCUCUACAGCGGAGAGAGAUGGAGCAGUUUAUCAAUAACACAAUACAAAGAUCUCUCUCUCUCAUCUUCAGGUCAGAUUGAAAGUUCAUGCAGAUGCUUCAUUUUAAUAAACAAGACACAUUCUGUUGUUGUGUAUAAGUGUAAAUUAUUCUCUCGUUUGAUGCUUUGAUUGUGGAAAAUAAAUGAUAUGAUCUGAUAAACAGCCUUAAUGCAGUUCAGCUGUGGGGUUUUUAUGGUUGGUUGAUGCACACGUGCAUCAGAUGGGCGUCGAGAUGUUGUAUAUCAAAAGAUCACUCUUAUCUGUCCCAUUC